GCUCAGUUGCCUGCCACACGAGCCCGACCAGAGCUGGGGACAGACUGCAACCAAGUUCCACACUCCUCGAGCCGCCUGCACCCGCCCCUGGCCCAGCCCGCUCUGAGGAUGGACCCCGGACACCCCGCUGCUGGUGACCCUGCCGGCGGUGACCCUGCUGCUGGUGACCCUGCCGGCGGUGACCCCGCUGCUGGAGACCCUGCUGGGGGCCAGGACAUGCUUGUGCUCCUGCAGACCCUCCAGACGCCGUGGUCCACGCGGGCGCUGCAGCAGCUCGAGGAGGAAGCCUGGCGGGGAUUCGCUGCCCUGGACGACCCGCGCGCUGGACUCCUGGACCUGCUGGGGAGUGUCAGAGGCUGGCGCUGGAAGGGCUCCUCCCUGGAGACCUGGGUCACCUGUGAGCUGGAGCGCUGGCUGCAGACACAGCCUCCCCCGGGGCCCGCCCAGGGCAGCCCAGGGCUGAAGCAGCUGCAGGCACGUGUGCUCGGGGUCCUGGCUGAGUGUCCCCCCAGUCUUGUGGAGCCGCUGGUCAGCAUCUUCCAGCUGCGGGAUGCAGACCGGAGCCACCUGCUGGCCCAUGUGCACGGGCUCCACCAGGAGGGCAGGUUCAAGGAAGCUGUCACGCUGGGCACGAGGCUGCGGCUGCAGCCAGAACUUGACCUUGAGAAGAUGAGUGCCCCCCUGCUCCUGCAGGACAAGGUGAACCUCGUGGAGCGCUACGUGGACGGCUUCCCGGACCUCCAGAGGAGGCUGCUGGCCCUCAUGGACUCCUGGUGCCAGCCCGGCCUUGACAUCAGUGUUGUCGCCCGGCGGUACCCGCAGGUGACCUCCCUGAGGCUGGAGAAGCUGAGCCCCCGCGUGCUGAGCCGGCAGGUCCUGCGCCUCCUGGAGCGCUACGGCCUGGACCCAGCUUCGUGUCCCCACGCUGUCAGCCAGCGGCACCUGGCGGCCCUGCGGCACCUGUGCUACAAGCGGUUUGUGGAGGGAAGCAUGUCUCAGGAGAGCUGGGCCGACCACGUGCGGGGCCUGGUGGGGCCUAGCCCGUGGCUGCAGGAGCAGUUGCUGGCCUCUCAGGCCGACGUGGCCAUGGCUGCCCGCUGUGCCCAGGACCUGUCCCUGCCCGAGGACCAGCUGCCGGCCUCGGUGGCCACAGAGCUGCGCCGGCUCCGGCUCCAGGAGAGGACGGCCGAGGUGCCCUCCAAGGACACGAGGGGCCAGUGCUACCAGCUGCCCAUCGCCAGGGAGGAUGUUCGCUUCCUGGCCACGUGGCAGGACCUGGCCAGGCACGAGGAGGAGCUCCUGCAGCCCGGCCAGGUGGUCGGCAUGGACCUGGAGUGGAGGCCCUCGUUCUGCCCGGGGGGCCGACCCCAGGCGUCACUCAUGCAGGUGGCCGUGGAGGGCCGCGUGUUUUUGCUGGACCUCCCUGCGCUCUCUCGGCCGGCAGGAGGGCGGACCUCCCAGGCCUUCUCCCGACUGGUGUCCCGGCUGCUCUCGGACCCGUCCAUCACCAAGCUGGGUUACGGGAUGGCAGGGGACCUGAAGAGCCUGGGGGCCUCCUGCCCCGCCCUGGCCCAGGCGCAGAAGCAGCUGCAGGGAGGCCUGGACCUGCUGUGGGUGCACAGGCAGAUUCGGGCCGACAUGCCUGCCCUGCGUGUGGACGGGGCUCAGGGGACGCGGGGCCUCAGCCUCCUGGUGCAGCAGGUGCUGGGCAAGCCGCUGGACAAGACACAGCAGCUCUCCAACUGGGACCGGCGGCCCCUGCGGGAGGAGCAGCUGCUGUACGCAGCUGCCGAUGCCUACUGUCUGCUGGAGGUGUACUGGGCACUGUGCAGAGAGCCUGCCCGCUUCCAGCUGUCGGGGGACCUGGCCAGGAGCCCGAGGCUGGGGCACAGCAAGAGGUCGGGGGCCCCGGAGCCGCCAGGCCCCCAGGAGGCCUCGGCACCACCCCAGCAGGUGCCCGAGGUCCCGGCCAGGGCCUUCCGCGUGGUGUGUGACAGGAUGCUGCAGGGGCUGGCACGCAGCCUGCGCUGUCUGGGCGUGGACGCGCUCGCGCUGGGUCCCGGCGAGGGCCCCCGCCAGGCAGCCGAGGUCGCCCGGCAGGAGGGGAGGGUCAUCCUGACCUCGGGGCAGCCGUACCACCAGCUCCAGGCACAGGUGGGGGCUGGGCGCUGCUUCCGGGUGGACCGCUCCCUCAAGGCCCAGCAGCAGGCCAAGGCUGUGCUCCGGCACUUCAACGUGCGCGUUGCCCACGCAGACAUCUUCAGCCGCUGCCAGGUGUGGCUGGAAUUCCUGGGCUCCGAGCAGACGUCAGGCUGGCUGGGCACCUGGGAACUGACCCCUCCAGCUGCCUGCCCCCAAGCCUCAGCCUCAAACCCUCUGGAAGCCCAGCGAGACCCACCUCCUGGGGAGGCCUGUAACUGUGACCAGUACCUGAAGGUUCCCAAAGACCUGAUGAAGCAGCUCGUGUGGCUCAGUGGCCGCUGGGAGGACCCUGGCAGCGCAGGUGAUGAGGCCCAGAGUGAGGACACACAGGAGCCAGGCUCAGCGCCAGAGGAGACGCCGGGGGGCUGCACCUAUGACCCCCCUUGCCGCGGCCUGGAGGAGGCAGACCUGCAGCUCCGGGCCCCAGCCACACUGAGCAACGGCACCCAGCUGCAGCUGGCGGGCAUCCCCACGGGCGUGCUGCGGCGGCCGGGCCUGCAGCACUUCUACUGCUGCGUGGGCUGCGGCAAGGUGUUCUGGGAGGGCUCCCACCUGGGCCGCGUGGCCGCGCAGUUCCGCGAGGUCCUGGCUGCUGCGCCCGGCUCCCGGCACCUGCAGGUGUCGGAGUGA